AGCCCCGCCCCCGCCCCCCGCCCCUUCGCCGACGAGCGCAUCACUGGGCGCCUCAAUAGUCGAGCAGCGGAACAGCCAGCAGCAUGGAUUUCAUUCUAUCCGUCGCCGACGAGUACCUCCUGGACCGCGUCUGGGCCAGGCUCGUCCCCGUCUCCGCCUUCGUCCCCACCCCCGAGGCGUAUGCGGGGCUGAACAGCACGAUCGUGCCCUCCAAGUGGUCACAGCUCGUCUCGCACCUCCCCCACCCACCGCUACCCGAGGCGAACGCGUACGAUGUCGUCUCCGCCUGGCCGCGCGAAUAUGUCCCGCGCCAGAUGCUCUCGCUCACGGUGCUUACGCUAGUCGGCAUUCACUUGCUGUACUUUGCGUUCUCCUGGCUGUCGUACACCUUCAUCUUCGACAAGCGGAUGAUGCGCCAUCCGAGGUUCCUCAAGGACCAGGUUCGAUUGGAGAUCAUCACCAGUCUGAAGGCAUUCCCGGUGAUGAUGCUCCUCACGUUACCGUGGUUCCAGGCGGAGGUCAUGGGCUAUAGUCGGCUGUACGACGAUGUGUCGACAUAUGGAUGGCCAUACUUGAUAUUUUCGGUGGUCCUCUUCCUCGUCUUCACCGACUAUUGUAUAUACUGGAUACACCGCUGGCUGCACAUUCCGUGGCUGUACAAGCGGUUGCACAAGCCGCAUCACAAGUGGAUCGUUCCUACACCAUGGGCGUCGUUCGCUUUCCACCCACUUGACGGCUACCUCCAAUCAAUACCUUACCAUCUCUUCGUAUUCGUAUUCCCCUUCCAUCGAUUCGCCUACCUCGGACUCUUCGUUGCCGUCAAUUUCUGGACCAUCUUGAUCCACGACUCUGAUAUGAUCACCGGGCACCCGCUUGAGAACUUCAUCAACGGGCCCGCGCACCAUACCCUGCACCAUGUCUACUUUACCGUGAACUACGGGCAGUAUUUCACCUGGUCAGAUCGUCAGGGCGGCUCGUACAUGCACCCAGACCACAAGUUCGACCCAUUAUUACAGGUCAAGGACGAGAAGAAGGUGGAGUAAUGCGAUGUGGUGGUGUUGAUUGUAUGUGGUAAUGUACGGCCCGGCCACUAUGGUAUCUAGAGGGCUUUGGGCAGAAAUGCAAAAUUACAAUACUUACUUAGUCGAUCUUUGGUACUACUUAGAUGUUUUGGGUGACGCCGAAGUCAGCCUGAAAAACAGGAAGCCAGGGCGAAUGGCAAGGUUUGGCCCGUUGAUCAGCCGCGGUAACGUGACAUGCGUGCCGCGAAAUAGGACAGUCCUGAGGGCUAUCGAC